CAAACGUACACGGCGUUUACGCCAUCACAAGUUUUACCUAACUAAAAGUCUUCUCUGAUUCCAAUACUCUUCCACUCUGAUACUAUCCACUUCAUCUCUCUACUGGGAAUUCGCUAAUCUUGCAGCCAGUGGUGAACUUAUUCACAGAUCGGGUAGUUAUGGGGGUAGUGAAGGCGGCGAUUGGUGAUGGGGUGUUGACUUUCAUGUGGGUUUUCUGUGCUUCCACCCUUGGUGCUACUACUUCCGUCAUCGCCGCUGCCAUCGGGAUCCAAGGGAUGGCGUCGCUUUUGAUCACAAUCUCCCUCGUAUUCAUCCUCUUACUCAUCUUUGGUGUUAUUGGCGAUGCGUUGGGUGGAGCUAGCUUCAAUCCCACCGGUACUGCCGCCUUCUAUGCUGCCGGUCUCGGCCGCGAUUCCCUCGUCUCCGCCGCCGUCCGAUUUCCUGCUCAGGCUUUAGGUGCUGUUGGUGGUGCUAUGGCGAUUGUUGAAGUAAUGCCAUUGGAGCACAAACACAAGCUCGGUGGACCUUCUCUAAAAGUUGACAUGCACACAGGUGCCAUUGCUGAGGGGGUGUUGACUUUCUUUACAAGUAUUUUGGUCCUAUGUAUCAUUCUCAAAGGUCCCAAAAGUCCACUCAUAAAGAAUUUUAUGCUUUCCACAUCAAUCGUCACUAUGGUCGUUGCUGGUGCCAAGUACACUGGCCCUUCAAUGAAUCCCGCCAAUGCGUUUGGGUGGGCAUAUGUGAAUAAGCGACACGACACAUGGGAACAUUUUUAUGUUUAUUGGAUUUGUCCAUUUGUAGGCGCGAUAUUUGCUGGUUGGGUUUUCCGAUUGUUCUUUCCACAUCAAUCGAAGACGAAGGUGAAGACAAAAUCGAAAAAGGCUUGAAACCGAGCUCAAGAUUUGUUUCUAAUAUGUUUUCUUAUUGGUAACUAAUUGAUGUUCAAGAAUUAGACUUCAAUUUUAAUGGGGAUUAUUUGGAUUUGAUGAUAAGUUGAUAACCUUUAUUUUAGCGUACUAUGUUUUGUAUUAAAU